AUGGCCGACGAAUCGCCCACCGUUAACAGUCGGAGGCACCGUCGCAAUCAGUCGACUCCGCAGACGUCGAUUCAGCUGCAAGACCUGGGUCCCGCUCAACAUGCUCCCAUAUCUCAGGAUCCAGCAUCCCCAUCCGCUCAGGCUUCACAUCGCCGAACGUUGAGCGACCGCGGACGUAGCUUGUUUCGGCGCAAUAGAGAGUCUCUCUUAUCACAUAGUCCUGGUAGAAAUCAACACCCUCCUAAUACACGCGCUUACUCGCCCAUCUCCGAGGAUCCUCCCAGUCCACCAGAACUCGAUCGUAACUUGUCGCCUCUUGCAUACGUAACCUCGCCCACUGGUCAGCGUACCCGAGUCGACGAUGGUCAAGAUGAGGACGAGCGCACGCCGCUAUCUCCACACGAAGGGAGCAGUUUCCAGCAAGCUAUGGGCUUUGCUGGUCUCAGUAUAGGUACUCCUGCUCGCCCUUCGUUACACUCUGGUCAUGGUCGAUUAGGCAGCAACCUCAGCCUCCGUACUGUUGACACAUCACCUUACGACGAAGAGCCCGAUGAUCCAACUGGCUUCUUUCCGCAUGAGGAGGAUCUGGACACUGUGCCUCUGACAGAUACGAGCCGUCUCGAAGCUCAUUCACCACAACGUAAUGAUCGUGGCAGCUUCCAGAGUAUCCGCUUUUUGUCACCGUCUGCCUCGCAUUCCAACAACCCAGAUGUCGAAUCUGGAAACUUGACUCCUUCUGGUCGCUGGAGUCGUUCUCCAGAUGGCCACAGUCGUUCUCCUGCAGACAGUCGUCGCUCUUUGUCCCCCAUGGGAGACUCUCCUUUCCACCGAGCUGGAGAUAUGAUGCGCAAGAUGUCGAUGCGUGUGGUCAACCUGAGUAAUGAGCCCGAAGUUGCAGAGCGUAUGAUCAGGCGCAAGUCGUCUGUGGGUCAUUCUUCUCGCAUCUCUGAAGCUCCCGAUUUUGGCAGUGAUGGACCUCCCCGCUCUCCCGUCAGUGAGAAGAUGCCUUCGCCCAUGCUUCGCCCUGCCGAUCAUCUCGGUUCAGUCGCUCAUGAGCCAAACCCCUUUCGUGGCAAGUCACUGGGCAUCUUUCCGCCGGAUAGCAAGUUGCGUCUAAAGUUGGCCGACUUUCUACUUCAUCCUUUCACUGAACCUUUCAUUCUGGUGCUCAUUGUCUUCCAGACAAUCUUGCUUGCUGUCGAAGCUCGCAACAAUGUUAAUAAUGAUCCACGAUCCCAGCGAUUUGGAACUACUUGGAUCGACAUCGCGUUGCUUGCAUUGUUUAUCAUCUACACUAUUGAGAUUGCGAUCCGGGUCAUAGUGUCUGGAUUCAUCGUUAACCCCAUUGAAUACAGUACCAUUGAUCGCAAGGUUGGGCUCAGGACUGCCGUUUUGAGAAAGGCCAAUGAUAUGUUUGCUUUGCACCGAAAGCCUUCCGUCAGGAAUCUGAAUCCGCUUCCACCGUUAACGCCAGGACCUCAGCCUGGGAUUCUACGUAGCUUCACCACGAACACUAUGAUGGAAGUGCCAGGCGGCUCAAAGCAAGCUCAGCUACAACGACUAGCAUACCGAGCAUUCUUGCGUCAUUCAUUCAACCGCCUCGAUUUCCUUGCCGUUUGCGCUUUCUGGAUUAGCUUCGUAAUUGGUAUCUUUGGCGUCGAGUCUCAGAAGCACGUCUUUGUCUUCCGCAUGCUGAGCUGUCUUCGAAUUGUGCGUCUUCUAGGUAUAACUAGUGGCACUCUAGUGAUAUUGCGGAGUCUGAAGAAAGCUGCUCCUACCUUGCUUAAUGUCGCCUUUCUGACUGGGUUCUUCUGGCUGUUGUUUGCAAUCAUUGGAGUUCAGAGCUUCAAGUCCAGCCUCCGCCGUACAUGUGUCUGGACCAAUCCCGAAAACGCUUCAGAUACAUACACUCAGUCAAUGCAGUUCUGUGGUGGCUAUCUCUUGUCUAACGGUACAGCAAGACCUUGGGAACACCAAGACGGUUCGCCUGGUGCAGACGAUGCUAAAGGUUUCUUCUGCCCCAUCAACUCCAAGUGCAUCGAAGGUGAAAAUCCUUACAAUGGGACUGUCAGUUAUGACAAUAUCUUCCAGUCACUUGAGAUGGUUUUCGUCGUUAUGUCUUCAAACACGUUCUCUGAUCAACUUUACUAUCUUGCUGACAGCGACUAUUUAUCUGCUGGUAUAUUCUUCGCUGCUGGCAUUAUAGUCUUCCCACUUUGGCUUGUCAACUUGCUGAUUGCGGUCAUCACAUCUUCCUUCCAGGUUAUCCGGGACGAAAGCAGAGCCAGUGCUUUUACAGCACAAGAGCACGUCAAGCAUCUCGAGACGGAAGAGGGAAGCGAUGGAUUCAAGCAGAAGACAAGCACGCUGAAACAGUUUGUAAACAAUACACGAUGGAUCUGGAUUGCUGUCAUUACAUAUGGUUUGAUUGUACAAUGCCUGCGCAGUGCAUACAUGAGCCCAAGCAGAGCGGCUUUUCUCAGCUCUUCUGAGCUAGGUGUAACCAUAGCCCUGGAUAUCGAAAUCAUUCUUCGAUUUAUGGCAAACUGGCGCCGGUUCCACAAAAGCAAGCGUAAUCUUGUGGAUCUCGCAUUAGCUGUAAUAACUACGAUCAUUCAAAUCCCGGUUAUCAAGCAUUCUGGUCAGCCAUAUGCAUGGUUGACGUUCUUCCAAAUCAUAAGAAUCUAUCGUGUCGUACUCGCAGUCGAAAUGACACGCACGCUGAUUCUCACUGUGUUGGGCGACUUCUCGGGUCUGUCCAACUUGAUCAUGUUCGUUAUGCUACUGUGCUUCCUCGCCGCCAUAUUCGCGACACAAAUCUUCCGCGGACAGAUCCCUGAAGAAAAUGAUCAAGGUGAAGCGAUUCGCGUCCCGUUCUUCGACAUCUACAACGCCUUUUUGGGGAUGUAUCAAAUAUUCUCAAGCGAGAACUGGACGGACAUUAUGUACAGCGUCACUUCAUACAAUGUUGCUUACAACAAUGGUUGGAUAGGCGCAGCAUUCUGUAUCAUGUGGUUCAUUCUGGCAAACUUCAUUGUUUUGAACAUGUUUAUUGCUGUCAUCCAAGAGAAUUUCGAUGUUUCCGAAGACGAGAAACGUUUGCAGCAAGUCAAAGCCUUCCUUGCAAAGAGACAAGUAAACGCGACAUCCGGUAGUCAGGGUUCACUAUCAUUGUCAACAAUCUUCAAGCUCGGACAAGUUCGCCGACAAGACCCUCUCGAUUAUGGCUCUGCACAAACAGAAAUGCUUCUCAAGGAUGCAGUAGUCCGAGACUUCCUUGAUGACCACGACAUUGAUCCCGGUGCAAGCCUUCCUGAUACUGCCGCCAAUAUACCCAACAACAGUCCACCCGUCAAAUCAGGCACUUUGGCUCAGCGCUGGGAACAACUGCUCAAUCGCCUCUUCAAUCGCGAACCUAAUCCAUUCUACUCGAAUGUAGAGCUUCAGAAGGCUCACGAGGAAGUAGACACUCGACAAAUGGUGAAAGAGGUCGUAGCGGCAAAUGAGAGAGUCAAGAGAGCUCAACGGGAAUACUUGCGGAAGUAUCCCAACUACAAUGUCUCACUUUUCAUCUUCAGGAUCAACAAUCCUGUCAGAAGAAUAUGUCAGAGAAUUGUAGGACCAGGUCGUGGUGAUCGCAUAGAGGGUGUCGCACCGUCCAGACCUAUCUGGUACGGGUUCUCAGCAUUUAUUUACGCAGCCAUUGUAGCCAUGGUGCUCUUGGCCUGUGUUACAACGCCUUUGUACCAAAAGGAGUACUUCAGAACUCACGACUUCAAAGCCCUGAACUGGUUUGUCUACAGCGAUAUGGGCUUCGCAGCUCUCUUCACCAUCGAGUCUGUCAUUCGAGUUAUCGCGGAUGGCUUCUAUUGGACACCUAACGCAUACUACCGUAGCUCUUGGGGCAUUAUUGAUGGCAUCGUCUUGGUUACAUUGUGGACCGACAUUCUCACCACAAUCUAUAAUCCAGGCGGUGGUUCAAGAGCUGUCGGUGCUUUCAAGGCGUUGAGGGCCCUUCGAUUGCUCAACGUCAGCGAGAAUGCUAGAGAUACCUUCCACUCUGUCAUCGUCAUGGGUGGUUGGAAAGUCGUCUCGGCAGCGUUUGUUUCAAUGAGUUUGCUCAUUCCAUUUGCCAUAUACGGCCUGAAUCUAUUCAAUGGCAGGUUUAUGGAAUGCAACGAUGGCAAUGGUGUCACAUCGUUGCUUACCGAUUGUACUGGCGAGUACCUUAGUUCACCCUACGAUUGGAACGUGCUUGCCCCACGUCAAGUCGCCAACCCAUACUACGACUUCGAUAAUUUCGGAUCAGCGCUAUUCAUCCUCUUCCAGAUUGUGUCACAGGAAGGCUGGAUCGACGUCAUGUGGAGUGGUCAAUCCAUCACUGGCGUUUUCACGCAGCCCAGUUCUUUCGCAUCUCAAGGAAACGCUGUCUUCUUCGUCGCUUUCAACUUACUUGGUGCCGUCUUCGUCUUGACGCUGUUUGUUAGUGUCUUCAUGCGCAACUAUACGGAACAAACUGGUGUGGCUUUCUUGACGACUGAACAGCGAUCAUGGCUUGAACUGAGAAAACUGCUCCGACAAAUUUCACCAUCCAAAAGACCCUCAUCUAAGGAGGUGCGGCAAACCUGGAGAGAAUGGUGUUAUCGCCGAGCUGUGACGAAGAACGGUAAAUGGCAGCGCAGUGUCACCCUGGUUCUCGUCUUCCACCUCCUUUUACUGUGUUUGGAAUGGUAUCCAGACAACGAACACUGGGAUAGAGCACGAGAUUACAUAUUCCUGGUGCUAACGCUCUUCUACAUUGUCAACAUCGUCAUCCGUAUCAUCGGGCUUUCCUGGACUCGGUUCAGAAGAAGUGCCUGGGACGUGUACUCGCUAUUCGCGGUUUCUGGUUCAUUUGUCACAUUGGUCUUACUCCUGACAAACUUCAAGAACAGAAACUACGUACAAGUACACAAGUUGUUCCUUGUGUCAAUCGCAUUGCUUCUGAUUCCCAGGAACAAUCAACUGGAUCAACUCUUCAAGACUGCAGCCGCUAGUUUUACCUCGAUUGCCAACCUCGUUGCCACUUGGUUCGUCCUCUUCCUGGUCUUCGCCAUUGCCUUUACUCAAACUUUCGGAUUGACUAGAUUUGCCGAGGGUGAAACGGACAACCAAAAUUUCCGUACAGUGCCCAAAGCUCUGGUCAUGUUGUUCCGUAUGAGUUCAGGCGAAGGCUGGAAUGAGGUUAUGGCAGACUUCGCCUCGGUCACCCCACCUUACUGCACAAUUGGCGAGCACUACUACGAUGGCGACUGUGGUAGUGACGGAUGGUCUAUGGCUCUGUUCAUCUCCUGGAAUAUCCUCAGCAUGUACGUUUUCAUGAACCUUUUCAUUUCGUUGAUCUACGAAAGUUUCUCGUACGUCUAUCAGCGAAGUAGCGGAUUGUCUGUCAUCAGCAGAGAAGAGAUCCGACGGUAUAAGCAGGCCUGGGCAGAAUUCGACCCAAGUGGUUCUGGAUACAUCUCGAAGGAGAAGUUCCCCCGCCUAUUAGGAGAACUCUCUGGUGUCUUCGAAAUGCGUAUCUACGAUGGCGACUUCACAGUCAGUAAUAUCAUCGCAGACUGCACUUCUCGACCACAACGUGCUCAUCCUCUUGGGUUGGAUGGUCCCAAGGAUAGUUCCCAAAUCGACCUUGAGAAACUGAAUGAACGUCUGUCAGAAAUUCCGAUCCAUGAGAUCCAAAGGCGCAGAAAGCGAAUGAACAUCUUCUAUGAAGAAGUGUUGGUCUCCGCCGAUCCUGAUCGUGGUGUCGAGUUCAAUUCGCUUCUGAUGAUCCUGGCCCAUUACAAGGUCAUCAACGACAACAAAAGCCUGCGACUCGAAGAGUUCUUGCGCCGUCGUGCUCGUCUGCAGCGUGUCGAAGAAGCUGUACGCCGCAAUGUUGUCGUCGGAUUUUUCGAUACACUUUACUGGGCUCGUCGCUUUAGAAAGGCGCUGGAAGCCAAGAAGAAUGCACGCAUGACUAUGGUACCUCAAUUGGAUGUGCCUGAGAUCUUCAUCCAGGAUGAUAGCGGGGACGCCGAUGACUCUGGUCGAAAAUCUACUUCGGCCCCAUCUACGCCAGUUGAAUACAAGGCGCCCGAUUGGACUAUUGGAGGCGAUAGUAGCACACCAGCCCUUACUAUCGAUCCCACAGCAUCUCGACCUAACUUGCGCAACCGUAGUGGUUCUAUUCAAGUCUCACCAUCAGCUUCACCAACGCGUUCACGAGCAGUUUCACACUCGUCUCCCUCUGGGAUGCGGGAUAUUCCUGAAGACUGGCACUUUGCUGAAGCCCUGAUCGAAGGACACAACCGGUCUAGAUCGCCGUCACCUUCACCGCAACACCUCGAUCCCGAUGACACGUCAGAUGCCGCGGGUAGUCGUUCACGUGCUACUAGCUCCGUAAACGCGCAGAAUGUGCUUGAUGUCCUAGACACUUCGGCAUGGGGUGAGAGUAUCAGACGAAGCUUUACUACUCGUGGGUCCACAGUAGGACCACGGGACACAAGUGUUGAGCCUAUGCCGCCCAUCUCCGACACACAACCUUCGAGUUCGUCACAUGCAGAAGGACAUGAUCAUGAGCAUCCACAUGACCGGUGA